GCUGUUCCUUUUCUCACCCGAUUUUCUUUGUUCAAAUUAAGGACCAAAUCCGGUCAAGCCCACCACACAAGAGUUGUUUAUUAAUUGUUCUCUCUCUGUAUAUACCCAAACUUGCAAUUUGAUUCUUAUACUUUUCACAUAAACACUUACAAAGCCCAAGAUUUAAAAAAUAAUGACUACUUUUUAAAUAUCAUUAAACAUUAUCUAAUGUUUCGAAACUAACAUGUAACAUAUUUAAAAGUUCAGGGACUAGAGAUUUUAAAUUGUGGGAACCAGGUUUUGCGCCACUUGAGAAAAACGUGUUCGUGCUCGAUUGUUAAAUUAAUAAAAGGCCUCAAUUGGCCUCUCCUCUAUUCUCAAUUAGCUUAAGAGAACAUUAAUUGGUGAAGUUAACCAUGGCCUUCAUGUGUUACCGGGUGCUUCCGCAGAGAGAGAUGAGCAUCGAAGAGUUCAAAGCGUGGCUGAAGCAGUUCGACGCGAACCGCGACGGGCGGAUCAGCAGGGAGGAGCUGCAGCAGGCGCUGCGCAGCCUGCACGCGUGGUUCGCGUGGUGGAAGGCUCGCGAGGGGGUGAAGGAAGCCGACGCCGACCGGAACGGGCUCGUCGAUAAGGAGGAGAUCGGCAGGCUGGUCGGAUACGCGCAGAAGCGUCUUCAUAUGAAGAUCAACGAUUACGAUUACUACUAACAAAAGGAAAAUCUUGAUAUUUUUUUAAAAUCCAAACAUUAAGGAAUUGUUUUGUUUAAGAGUUUUGCACCUAGAUAUUGUUAUGUUAAACAUACUCCUGUAAAAUUUAAACAACCAAUUUCCUCCUUGUUGUAACGAAUAUAAUAGCAUGAUAGACGACUUGCUUUGCUCUAUCCUCUAUGUAUUGUAUGGCUGAUACUUAGAACAUAUUUGUUUUGCGUAAAAUUUU